AUGGAUCUCGCCUCGUUGAAGAAGGAGAUCAAGGAAUGGGAGCGCUCGUUCCGCGCUAAACAUGGACGCGACCCCACUGUCGAUGAAAUUAAGCAGCUCGGCUACGCCGACAAAUACAAGCAAUAUAAGAAACUCACUAAAGACGCGUCGAAUAAGGCCAAAUCGCGUCCUUUGCUUUCUCCUGCACGUCCAGCUCCGUCCAAAACGCAGCCACUACCAGGAUUCAACCCGUUCUCACCUCAGAAGAACAACAAGGGCAAACAGAAGGCGAUUGAAUUUAAGCUUCCGGCCCUUAAUCCCGACCCAUUUGACGACCCAUCCGUUCCAACCCCCAUUGCCCGUGCCCGCAAGCGGCUCCGUGGGGAGCCAGUCUCGCCUUCCCCAAACAAAGGCAAACGCCGACGCGUGGCACAGGAUAGCGAUGGCGAUGAAGACGAUUCAGCAGAGGCCAAUUCUUCCCUGGUCUUCGACUCUCCCGAAAAGCCAUCCGCAGGGUCCUUCAAGCUUCUGUUUGACGAGAAACCACAGAAGUUGAUAUUUCCGUCUUUACGAGGAAAGACAUUACUGUCGAGCCCUGUGCAGAACAUCUCUCUGCUUUCUCAAGACGCGAUGGAUAUCGACACCGCUGAGCCAUCAGAAAGGGACCCGUUCUUCAGCUCCCCCAAGAUUGCGUCGCCAAACCAGGAAAUGGUUGGAGACAUGCCACCACCACCCGUCAUUCUCCUCCCGCCUUCUCCACCACCCACCACGAAAAACUCCAGUCAGUCCCAAGGCUCCAAACCGCGCGGCAAAGCAUCGAAUACGGGCCGUCCGAAGAAGACUGAGAAAAAAAUUGUCUCCAGUGAUGAUGAAAGUGAAGCGGAAGCGCACAAAGUUCGCGUGUUCAGGCGUGCUGUGUCAAGACGGGCGGAUGACUUCGACAACGAAGAUGACGCGUUUCUGCGUCGGAGGAGGCCUCCUGAAUCAGACUUGCAGUCUACAGAGGCCGAAAGUACAACCAUCUCCCUGCCUGAUAAUCUUCGAGAGAUUCUUUCAUUAACCCCAAAUACUUCCACUUCCCGAACACGCGACGAUAAACUUGUCGUGGAGCAGCUUAUUUAUGGGGCCCACAGAAGUAAUUACGAUCCAAGUAAGGGUGGAGAAGUAUGGGGCGUUGGUGAAUUUGAGGGAGAACAGUUGGACGACAUGGCCCCGCGUAAUACUGACGCUGGAGAUGAGGAGGAUGACUGGGAAGGGGAAGGUGUUCCAUGGGAAGUCGGGGAGCUGUAA